AUGAAUGGUGGGAAUGGCCCCUUGUCGCCUAUUUCUCUUGGAGACGACGAAUGGAUGAGCAUGUCAAAGUACCAAACGUUCGAAACAGAGUCUGUGUAUCAGUACAACCGUGGCCAACUAGCAUCUCCGCCUAUGUCGAGCGGCUCUGGCACCAUGAAUGGAGGGUUUCGUUACAGAGAAUCUCCUAAGUUCAAUGUAAACUCAGGACCUUCACCGCCUAGCUCGAUUGCGCGAUCGAGCCUUGGGACUGGAAUAAAUGCGCAAACAGAGAGCGGUAUGAUCAAGAAAGAAGAGCAAUUUGAGGGUGUUCUCUCCGAUCAUUAUCUCGCUCUUGAACGGUACUUGUCAGCAUCUUUAAACGACGAAAAGGGCAAUCCAAGGCCCAAUCGGGCCCGUGACAAAUUGCUGCGACUAUCGCCUGUUCAGUUUCUAGAAUUAAGUACUGAUGUUUAUGAUGAGCUAUUACGAAGGCAGCAAAAUGGAAAAAGAGCAAGGAACGCAGGCAACCUACCGCCAUACCUAUUACCCAAAGAUACAUUUCACCCCAAACGCAAUCAGGCGCGGCAGAAAUUAUCGACCCUACCAUCCCCUAGGUUCAGAGAUCUUGCGACCGAUGUUUUUUAUGAACUUGAACGCAGGCUUCCAAAAAUUGCUACUGACAUCAAUCGAGCAGGUAGUCCAGCUAUUUCAGUGCGAGGAAUGCCCAGUCGAAUGAACACACCAGUGAACGGCAAUGAUUUUCGCCGGCCUUCUGAUGCAAGUUCAAUCGCACAAUCCAUGAAUGAAUCACGUAUUGGAUUUAGAUCUCCUACUGAGAUUCCCCCAUCUCCUGGCAUUCGGAACAGCGAAAUAAGAAGACCUACUCCAAAGACUUUUCUUAGCAACACAAUUAUACCUAUCAAAAGCACUAUGGUUGAAGAUGAUGAAACUGGUGGAGAGGAUGCUGAAGAGGAGGAUGGUGAUGCAUUUGGUCUAGAGAAUGCAGCACGCAUGACAGGUGAUGCUGAAGAGGCAAGUAAAAAGCGAAGUGAAGAUACACAACUAAAAAAGUCAAAGAACCUCCUUGAUGCUUUGGAAUUGAAACUAAAGGAAAAAGAUGAUGAAAUCAGUAAUCUUCUGCAGCGCGAAACAGCGAGAGACAAUGAGAUAGAUGCUUUCAAGCAGGAUUUCGAAAGUUUGAAGUUAGAGCUAGAGUCCAAGCUUGCCGAUGCACAGAACUUGAACGAAUCACUACAAUCUGAGCUGGAUCGAGUUAAGGCCAGCCAUGCAACCACCGAAAGAAAUCUCCAGGAACAAGUAAAAGAGUUGCAGCUUUCCGAAUUAAGAGCAAAAAAGAUGGAGACCAGCAUUGAUUUGGAGCGAGAAAACUCAGAAUUGAAGAAGGAAAUUGGGGAGCAGCAGCUUAUAGCUGAACAAGUUUCAAUGCAGGCUCAGGAUUUCUUGAGAGAGAUGCGGACUCUAUCAAACCGUAGUGAAUCUUUGUAUAAGAGAGAAGAUCAACUUUUAAAAACAAUCGGAACGUUGGAAGAAGAGGUAAAGAUUUGGAAAAAUAGAUAUGCUAAGACGAAAGCACAAUUGAAGACCUCAAAAGUAUCUUCAAUAGGUUUAAAUGUGCUGCAAGAUGCAGCUAAAGAAGCCAAUAGCAAAUUUCUUGAAUCCGAUGGCAUGGUGAGGGAUAUCAACGUUACAAAGUUCCAGAUCUCUAUCGACGAGCUGUUGAAUGUAGCUCGAUCCGAACAACCUACCAGGGUAAUGGAAUGCAUGAAGACCAUAGUUUUUAGUGUACGAGACAUCAUCCAAGAUGUAGCCGACUCAUCCGAUUCCAACGAAGAACUUCCUGCCAAUUUGACCAGACUAAAAGUUAAUAUAUCAGGAACUGCAAAAAAUUUGAUUACGGCCUCAAAAAACUUUGCUGGAGCAAAUGGGUUCUCUCCUGUAUCACUAGUUGAUGCUGCGGCUUCUAAUCUGACAUCGGCUGUCGUUGAGUUUCUUCGAGUCGUCAAGAUUCGAUCAACGCACGUAAACAAUUAUAAAGAUAGUGAAGAUGAAGUAGUAACAACAACAAAGACUGCUCCAAUAGCUGCUCCAACAGAUAUUGGUGGCUUAUAUCCUAUGCGCGAACUAGAAGUAGGGACACCCAGCUCAUCAAACCAAGCCCCUAGCAACGCAAGAACUAGUGGUAAUUCCUCUAUUUAUUCUCCCUUCGCUUCUCCACGAGAAUUAAUUUCGCAAGAAUCAUCCCCUAGACAACCAAUAAGCCCCAGUAAUGAGUCUUGGUCAGGGCAGGUUCAGUCCUUAUCGCGAAUCGCAUCUACUAACUUUGACCCAAUGAGUCCGCCGCCACUUAAAGUCAAUCUCGGAAUACCAUCCAAAGAAAGUGAAAUUGAAGAGUUCAAGAUUUAUCUUGAGGACCAAACAGCCCUGCUCGUGCAAAAUAUCCAAUCUCUUGUUACGGCUAUCCGCUCCGAAUCUGGGAUCACUGCGACGGGGAAUAGCAUCAACACCAUUUCAGAAGUAGUAGGUGCAGUUGUCUCCCACGCGGAAAGUAAGAUAUUUGCCACGGGAAAUUCAGAGUUGCGCACUCGGGGUGAACAGAUUAUUAAAAAAUUGGCGGCUUCUCAGAAACGUUUGAUCGAAUCUGGUGAAAUUGGACGCCAAAUAGCUGAAGAAGGCCGAGACGAUGACGAAGGAGAGAGGGCAUGGAGGGUUUGGAACCAAAGUUUGCCGCCCAUAGCAUUCGAAAUUGCUCGAGAGGUAAAAGACCUUGUGCUUCAAGUCGACAGGGUUGACCUUGCGCUAAACGAUGCCUCUAACGACGAGGACUUCUCAUAG